AUGGCCACCCCCGCAGCUGUUGCCUGUAACCAAGUGGAAUCCCGCCAUGCAACCCGCACAAUUAAGGAUAUUCUCUCCUUGGAGUGUUUCAAGGCGGCAUGGAAACAUGGAAAACGCACACUCGAAAUUGCAAAAGACCCAAGGUUGAUUCGAACUGUUCUAUCAGGCCCCCCGCAGCAGAUGUCAUACACCGGUCUGGCCGAGGUUGCCUUAUUCGCACUUGGAUUCGAGACUAUCCAAUGGCAAUGCGGUAAUUCAUCUCAGCCUCCCAUGUCUGAAAGCUCGUUCAUGCUCGUCCAGUGA